UACGACUUGGUUAAGAUGCAGCUCUCCACUAUCAAGUUACUUUUAACACUAACAGCGGUUGUGGUCUGCUGUGAAGCGGCUGCUUCUAAGUAUCCUCCGCAUCAAUCAAAGUUUAUGAGACAUCGCAACUGGAAGCUUCUGCCUCAUAACCAGUGUGGUGAAACACCGAUAUUAAUGCAAUCCAAGAUCGUGGGCGGAAAUCAUGCCAGAGUCGGGCAGUUUCCAUGGAUGGUUGGUUUGUUAGAAACAGAAAGGAAAACGAAGAAAUCUACAAUCUAUUGUGGUGGAACACUAAUCAACGAUAGAUACGUUGUUACAGCAGCUCAUUGUAUCAUCGGUCUACCAAAACUGUACGUCUACUGUAUGCGUGUAUAUAAGCAAUACGUAGUUCUCGGUGAGCACAACCAGGACACUGACAUAGAUUGCGACAGAUACCGCUGCUCCGGGCCAGCUCGUAAAGUGAGAGUUCAGAAAACGGUCUGCCAUCCAUCUUACUCUUCCAACUACAGUAACUUAGGAUUACACGAUAUAUGUCUUAUCCGUUUAAGUACAAGAAUCGUAAAGUAUGACGAAUUUAUUCGUCCAAUAUGCUUGCCCACGUACCAGAUGUUAGAAGGCCGAAGCUUCAGUGGAAUGAAAAUGGAAACUGCAGGUUGGGGCUGGGCAGCACCUGGCCAUCCAUAUACCAAGAUUUUGAGAGUGGUUACAGUCCCAGUAAUUUCUGAAAAAGAGUGCAAGCGCUGGGUUUAUGAUGUCGUAAAGUCUCAGAUCUGCGCAAAAGGUGACAAUGGAAAGGACAGUUGUACAGGUGACUCGGGAGGUCCUUUGAUGGGAAGAGUGGCGAAACCAAAUGGAAUAGGAUAUUUCUCAGUUUUGAUUGGCAUCACUUCAUUUGGAGAAUCAAAGAAAACACGAGUAGGCCACGUACUUUGUGGUGACCAUAUUGGCGUUUAUGUUAGGGUUUCUGAGUAUAUUCAGUGGAUCUUAAACAACAUAAGAGAGUGAAUACAAUGUUGUCAUAAUAUUGUAACUUGAGAGUUGUGUUUUUUUCAAAAAUGUUAUUAUUACAACAUUUUGUGUUACUAACCACUUAAAAAAGAAAUAAAUUGAUGAUAAAAUGUGAGA